GAAGAGAAAAAAAAUCGGCUGAAAGAAUACGAAGAGAUAUACGAUCGGAGCGAGGACUCGAUUCCUUGUUUCUUCCAGUCGCUGUGUCUGAGGCUGCACGAUUAGAUAAGACCUCGGUUCAUAGUGCGUUCGAGAUGCAAAACGCAUAAGAGACGAAGAGACCGGAGGACCGGCCUCAGUUAAAGCUGUGUAUGCAAAGCGGCGAAUUCGUUGGCAAAACCGAGUUCUCGAUUCAGUGUAUACCGCGAGUGUCGUGUGCUACGUUAAACCACUUUUCCUCCAAGAGACAGUCUAUACGAAAGUUCAAUUUUUAAUCUGAAAGGAAUGAUGUUCAACAUUCGCUUCAGAAUCAAACUAUGAACCCUCUGCUCGAGAGGAUACUCGGACAAACAGAUUUCAACUGAUACACAGAUCUCGAUAUAAACGAAUAAUAAAAGAAAAAAAAUGCCAGCUUGCACCAGCGAGAACGUCUCGACGUUUUGGUCCUCGAGCCCUUCGAUCUCCAGGAGCAGCAGCGUGUCACCGCCUAUACCCAGCUCGCCUCUGUCCACCUCGCCGCCCUUCAUAUCCCCAAUAUCCACCUUGAAGAGGUCAGUCUCGAACGUUUCUAAUUCCUCGAACACUUCGAACGUUUCUCAAUCGUCGACGAACUCCGGGACACCGACUGUAAUAUUCUCACCGAGACGCCAACAGCAGCAGCAGAGGCAAAGGUUACAACUGAACCAUCAAGAUCCACCACAAGGGCAAAACCACAACCGACAACACGACUCCCCAUUAUUGGUGAGGAUCCUCACGUCGUACUUCGCCGCAUUGAUCGACACGUUUCAGGGGAUCGCGAGCGUAAUAAGCUACGCGAUAUGGGCACCAGCGUUAUGGGUGUCCGUUUGGAUCUACAUGCUCUGGGUAAUACUUCAAUUCCCUCUGACCGCUUUUAAGUGGUUCUUAAUGAUGCUGUACACCCCGUCUUCGGAAAGGUCCAGGACGAAACGUUGCGUCCUGAUCAGCGGUGGUAGCACCGUGCAAACCGUGCACCUAGCGCGGAAUUUUUAUAAAGCCGGUGCCCGAGUAGUAGUCUGCGAAUUAGAGGGCCUGUUUGGAUUGGCGAAAUUCUCCACUGCUUGUUCCAAGUACUACACUAUUCCCAAACCGGGGCCAGGGAACGCUAUCGAAUACAUCAAAGCUCUGAAGGACAUCGUGCAGAAAGAGAAGGCUGUGUACUACAUCCCGGUGAGCGCCAGUAACACAGCCUAUUACGAUUCCCUGGCGAAGCCCUAUCUGGAGGUAAUGGGCUGCGAGUGCUUUGUACCCGGUGCCAGUGAAGUGACCGCGCUGGACGAUCCUCUAGAACUGUUCCAAAGGUGCCGGGCACUGGCCCUCCCGACGCCAAAUCACAUCAUCCUACGAUCCAUGCAGGAGAUCUCGAGAUUGUACGGGCAAAACGCGUUCGCCAACGGGAGGUAUUUGAUGCUGGCCGCGGGUCCAUUAGGAAUGAGGGACAGAGGAAAGGUGGUUCUGCCUCCAACGUUGAGAGAGUUCAGGAAUUAUCAAUACGAGAUCAGCGAGGCUACACCCUGGAUAGUUAUUCGCGACCCGAGCGGCAAACAUUACAUAACUUGUACUACUGUGAAGGAGUCGAAGAUCGUUGCGAACGUGACCUGUCUGGUAGACGAGGGGAGGGGAUUGAUUCCGGAGGAUCGACCGGAAGUGGUACAGUGGCUCGAGCGAUUCUUCGCUAGAUCCUUCCGCGUUCGAAUAAACGGACAUCUCAGCUUCAGGCUGGCUCUGUCGGAGGAAGGGGACCUGAUGCCUAUCGGUUGUAGAGUAGGCGUGAGCUUGCCGUACAUCUGUCACACCGGUAUCCACCCUAGACUCGUCUGGAAACCGUGCAGACAUUUCUCCCGGCAAAAUUCUGGACUUCCGAUGCCAUCCAUGGACAGGCAGUCUUUGACGGACGCGGUGUCCUCAGCGUUCAAUCAAUCAAUCGGAGAAGUAGCGCCGAAUCUAUUGGGCACGGUGCUCGACAAGCGGGAAGCACUAUUCACGUACUGGGACCCGCUGCCGUAUUGCGCUUACUGCCACCUCCAGCUGCCGUUCAGACGGCUCGCAGGAAUGAUCCGGGCGCAGCCGGUGCAGCACAACCCACCGUUGGCGCAGUCGCGCGAACAGAGCCACUGCGAAAGAAAGCAGAACGGAUACGAGAAACGGUUUGUUCGCACGGGCUCGAAAACCGGCGCGCACUCCUCCUUCGGAGUGUGGAAUAAAGGGCCGGUUGAGUUUCUCGUGGACGGCAGGAACGCGAUUGAAAAAGAGCGAAAGGAGAUCGGCGAGAAUCGAGCGGGGGACGCGCCGGCCUGCUGAGGUCAAGUUCAUCCUUAUCGAUGAUAAAUUUUCCUGGAAUCGCGACUGGAGCAAUGUAAGAAAAAAUCGACGAAAAAUAAGCGGACGCACACGUUCCAAUCACGUGCCGUUAGACGCGUUGUUAGGCGCCGCUCUUGCGAUUAACGGACGUUCCUAUCUUUUUAAAUUGGUACUCAACCUCUGACGAGUUUUCCCUUAACGUGAUACCAACGAAAAUGUAAACAGGAGAACGAUCGAUCGUGCGUGCAGUUGCAUUCCAUUUUACCACGUGAGACUAAAUUAUUUUCGUCAGGGGAGAAGUGAUUCAGAAAUAUCGGAACGGUGAUUCGAGCCUGAUACGGUUAGCGAGAGAUAAAUAUUUCGUCUUCUUUCUCAAGUCUAAACACCCCUUACCUCCUCCCCCCCCUUACCCGCGAAGCGACUUUGGACCUUUAGAAGAUAAGCACGCGCGACACCCACGUGCACCUAUACGCGAAUAUCAUGAAACAUCAAUUAAUAAAAUAUUAACUUUAUGUAUAAUAUAUAUAUUUUUUAUAGUCUGCAUUUUAAAAUCGACAACUUGUAAAUAUUUAAUUAAGCUAUCGUUCAUUUUAAACGAGUACAUAAAAUUGUAAGCGGCGUUGCAGAAUUUCUGCAUUUAUAGUAUUUGAUAUUUCAUAAGUAAUCCGUGUAAAUACUCGCGAGCAUAUUGUGAGAACAGUGUAUCAAUAAAACAGACUUGUUUCAAGCA